UUACAUUGUAACUCACGAGACGCUACUGCGUGCUGCGAGGACGAGUCACGUUGAUCCCGGCAGCAUGAAGCGCACGGUGCCCGAGGAGAGCGGCGAGAGCAAGCGGACCUACGUCAAGCAGGAGUCGGUCAGCUUCGGCUACGAUGCCUCGUACGCCAAUUACUCGCCGUCGUCCGCGCCCUCCAUCGCUCAGCCGUUACCCGGCCAGCCGCCCCUGCCUCCCAUGCCGCCGCCCAGCGGGGUUCCGCCUCCGCCGCACGUAUUCGGACCAGUGCCUUCCCAAGUCGCCCCCAUCCAAGCCUGGACGCAUCCCCCGUGGCAGUGGAUAGCGUCGCAGCCGUCCCUGCCGCACCCGACCCCGCGCGAGAUCACCAACACGAUUCAGAGGGAGAUGCCGCUGAGGGGUAGCUACGUACGCCACGAGAGGUUUGCUCACAACCGGAGCAAUAUGUACGUCCAGAGGAAUAACUUCCAUCGUAAGAGCAAGAGGCCCAUGCGUUUCGGCCAGUCGCAGGGCCAGUUCGAUCAGAACGCGUACUUCGGCGCCACCCUGACCGGCAGCCUCGGAUUGCAGUGGCAGAGGAACAAUUACGCCGCGCCGGCGGGCGACGGAUUGAUGAACCACAUGGCCGUCCCUCUGUCUGCUCAUUCCAUACCUUCCAUUCCACCGGGGAUCGCGAGCGGCAGGCACGGCGAGGAGGCGGAGGAUCAGGAUGUGAAAAUUGAGAAGGUGGUGAAGAAGAAUAAACAGAGGAAGCCGAUGUCCCAGAGCUAUCCCAGUAAGCCGUGGAACAGGGAGGACGCGGAGAGAGCUCUGAUGACCGAGAACGAGUACAAUAUGAAGAACAAAGUUAACGCGCAGAGUUUAAUAAUUAAGUUUCCCGAUCCGGAUCUAAAUAAGGACAUUGUCAGGCUGUUUCACCCUGGUAUACGGAAUAUACACUUUCAAAAUCCGAGCGGUCCGAGGUAUUGCUUCAUUCAGAUGGCGAAGAGCGUCAACAUUGACGGGGCUAUAAAGGAGCUGGAGAAGAUCAAGUUCGGCACGGGGUAUCUCAAGGUCGAGAAGAAGGCGGUGAGGAACGAGGAUGUCCGGAACACGAAGCCCGAGGACAUAAAUCCAUACAAUCUAUACAUAGGAAAUCUGCCCACGUUUGUUAAGGCGAACGAAAUUAAAAGCAAAUUUCCGAAGGCACGCGUGGACGUGUCGAGGGCGCGGAAGUUGAAGAACACGCAGUUUGCUUUCAUGAGAUACAACAGCGUAGACGACGCGAUAGCGGAUUACAAAAAGGCGUACGGUUUAAUGUGGGACACGCGGAGUAUCAUCGUUAAAUUCAGACGAAAGGAAGGCAACGCUUAUCUUCCCGAGGAACUUAAGCCCGACUUCAAGAAGGUCAAAGAGGAGACGGGCAAUGCCGCGCAAGCGGAGAAGGAACAGAGCGCGAAUCACGUCGAGCUUAAGCCCGAUGUUAACGAUUCGAAAGAAGACAGCGCUGGUCAAGCGAAGGAGGAUAAGGUCAACCACGCGGAUAAAUCGAGGCAAGACGCGGAGAGCGUGGAAGCGCGAUUGCAGGAUAAUUCCAGUAAAGCGCAGAACAAAUCGGCCUCGCUGGUUCAGGAAAAUGCAAACUCUCGUUCCUCUUUGUCGCCAACCUCGAUCGCGUCGGACAAGACUGUACAAGAGCAACGACAGCCCUGGACGUGUUCUCAAGCACCUUCGACAUCGGAAGCCCCGUCGUCGUGUCCAGCACAGAGCGACGCCGCCGAGGAGAUGGUGAUGCUCACGCAAAUCAAAUUGGAACCUAUAGAUUACGAUGACGACGACGACGACGACGAUGACGACGAUGACGACGACGACGACGACGAGGAACCGGACGAUACCGACGACGACGAGGAUAAUAACGCGGGGAACUUCGAGGACAAUGAAGACGAGUCCGACGACGAUAGAGACGUUGCGUUUGCGAAGCUUUCAUCGGAAGCUGCGAAAGAUAAGGAAGAGCCGGCGGAUCACCUCGACCAGAUGUUCAGCGACUUGGAGAACAUGACGAGCGACAUUGGUUUGCUGAAGAAUUGAACGGACGACCGUCUCGACGCGCCGAGAUUCUCUUCGGUGGAAUGCAAUUCCACGUAUAAUUGUAUAAAUCAGUAGCCGCCUAACUAUAAGCGAAUAAGACUGCAUGUGUUUAAAUACAGUAGCGUAAGCGACUAUAGGAGCCCAUGUUUAGGCGUUUUGUAAUUAUUUUUUUCAUUGAAUUUCAACCUGGACACCAUGCCCGAGCGCAUGAUUAUGUAAGCUCUAUUGUAUCAUUAAAGUUAUUAUUUUGUGUAUCCUUCGUGGUCAGUCAAUCCGUUUUUGCGUCGCCUCGUCCGCGGCGCGUUCCUUUUUUUUUCCAUUUCUUCGCGCGACAAACCCGGAAACGCCCCCACCUCGCCUUUCACCCACGACCACAAAGUCGCAAAUCGAUGUCAAUUAUAAUCGAAGGAUUGCGAGCUUACUGCGUAUUGUGAAAAUAAACGACAGUUAAUGAUACAA